UUACAACGGUUAUAUUUCAAAUACAAAAUAUAACCGUUGUAAAAAAACAACAAAAGCAGUGGGGGCCACAUGUUACUGUUCAUCACCAAAAGCCCUCAACUCUUGAGGGUUUUUAUUUUCACUCAUCGGUGAGUGUUUUUUCACUCACUGAUGUAGUGUUCGGAUUUUUUUUUUACACCCUUAUUUUUACUCGUGAGGGCUUUUCUCCUCACUGCUGGGAGUGCUCAAAUGCUCAAAUUGCCAAUAUCAUUUGUAAGUGAAAAAAAAAAAAAAAAAAACAUUAACCAAACUAGUGAACUACCAAAGCAAUAGCGCGUGAUACCCACACACAAAGAAAACCGAGACAGUAAUGAUUAAAGUUACAUUUACGCGCCGCCGACUUUGUAAGCAAACAUGCAUUUUCAUUUUUACCCCAAAAUCUCUUUUAAAUUUCAAAAAAUAUAAAUAAAUAAAAACCACUAAUUCCACGUCAGCAAUAAAAAAAAGUUGCAUAUAAAUAAGACGGCCUAAAACUCUCAUCCAAUUUUAAGGCGUCAAGUUUCUCUCUCUAACAUCCCUCUUCUCUCUCUUCUUUCUCUCUGAUUACAGAGUUUUCGAAGCAGUGAAACCCAGCAUCACACCUACCUACCAGUAGAAGAACAAGAAGAAUUCAAAGAUCAUCAAUUUAUUUAAUUUCGGAUUUCAAAUCGUCGAUCGUUUACCCUAGUUCAUUCAAUUUUAUCGACAUCUUAGCUAUUUCUGGUAUCAAACUGCAGUAUAUCAACAUGCCUAAGGCAAGAAGAGAUCGUUCUGUCUCUUUUGAGAGAUCUAGAAAGUCACCUGUUCCUUGCAGCUCGAGUUUGUCUUGUGAAACUAAGGCCAAAAGUCCUCCAGCAACAGUGGAGGACUUGAAAGAAUGGGAGGAUGCCAGAUGCGCCGUUUGUAUGGAGCAUCCUCACAAUGCUGUGCUUCUCAUUUGUUCGGCAUAUGACAAGGGUUGUCGCCCAUACAUGUGUGAUACCAGCUAUCGACACUCCAAUUGCCUAGAUCAAUUUCGCAAGUCUUUCACAGAAGCUUCAGCAGAAACGCUGACAGAAGAAGGAAUUCAGCCUCCCGUGCAGUCAUCAGACAUUGUGGCCGUUGAAACUGUGGUGACCUCGCAGGACGAAGGGAAAUCCCAAGGUUCUGUUGCUGCAGAGAUUGCUAGCAUGCAUAAACUUCAGCAGAAGCUUGUUUGCCCUCUAUGUCGUGGACAAAUUAGUGGGUGGAUUGUGGCAGAGUCAGCUCGUGAUUUUAUGAAUGCCAAGAUUCGAAGCUGUGCCUGUGAGACUUGUGAGUUUAGUGGCAAUUACACUGAUCUGAGAAAGCAUGCAAGGGUAGAGCAUCCAUUAGUGAGACCUUCUGAGGCUGAUCCUGAGAGGCAGAGAAAUUGGAGAAGACUUGAGAGGCAAAGGGAUAUAGGUGAUGUGCUCAGUACAAUCCAAUCUUCCUUUAUGGAAGAUCAAGAUGAAGAUGCCAAUCUUCAGAUGGAUGAGCGUGGUUGGAUCACCAUAUUUUUCCUCUUUCGGGUUUGGCGUCCUUCAUCUAGUCCCAGGAGCAGCAGUAGUUGGUCUGGUACCUCCAGGUCUCGAACCCGAGCACAACAGGGUACUAGGAGGAGAUCGUCUGCUAGGUUAUGGGGAGAGAGCCUUGAGGCUGAAACAGGGUCUGCUUCCGUAGAGGAUGAGGAUUCCUCUGAUGACGGCUCAGUCCCUUGGAGGCGUCGUGUGAGAAGACGUCUCCCCACCCCGGACGACGAAUCUUGAGUGCCUUACUAGAGUUACUUUACUGUAAGAGAACUGGACUUGGGCAUAUCUUUCUUGCUGAAUAUCUUUGUUGCAGUUUGGCAUGUGUCUUAGUUUAAAAUCGUCAACUUUCUCAGGCAUUUGGGGGAAUUCAGGGAUAGUAUCAGUGGCUAAUAGGAAGCUGCAGAACUUGGAGAUAAAAUCGCUUGGGCAGUUCCUUUGCUUCACUUUUAGAUUGGUUCAGAACUGUACUGAAGAAUUUCUUUGAUACUCGUAGAAUAUAUGCUGGUUUAUCAUUGUAUCACAUAUAAAAUGAGCGGGGUUGUAAUUUUCUUCUCGAAAAUGUACCAAUUUGAAAACGAUACUAAUUUUUGUACCUCUAUGGUUUGCAGUGCAAUUGCAAUCCUUGUUUCUCUCCCUUAUUUCGCACUUAAAUUUCUCCCCCAAAUUCAUUUGUUGUUAUUUAUAAUAGAAUAUCUAGGUACCUGUGUGUAUAUUUUAUCUUUGAAUAAUGAAGCAAAUAUUAUGUUGUCAA